AUGGAGAAACCCUCCCCGGUCUACUUUACACACGAGAUGGCGGCCAGCGCAUCGUCGUCGCUUGGGACACACGAGCUUAAGGAAUGCGAUAACAAUUCGGACGUUGAGGUCAGGGAUCCUUUGGACCCGAGAAACUGGUCCUCAGCGCGGAAGACGAUGCUCUUUGUAUCGUUGAUGACGAGCUCAUUGUUGGCAGAUGGGGCCAUGGUCUGGGGUGGAACACUGGUUACGGACCAGGCUAUGGAGUGGGAUAUUUCCAUCGCUCAUUCGGCCACGACGUAUGGUCGUUUGCCGAUCUGGCUGUGGCCUCAGGUGAUCACCAUGUUCAUGGUGCUGGGUGCUACCCUCUCCAAUGAUUGGUCUACCUUCACGACGUUCCGCUCUUUGCAGGGUCUGUUUGGAACAGUGCCUCAGGUAAUCGGGCUUCCGAUCAUUCAUGACAUGUAUACCUCGGCUGAAUGGCCGCGGAUGAUCAAUAUUUGGGGCACCACCUUCCUCGUCGGACCAUUCCUCGGUCCCGCCAUAGCAGGAUACAUCGGCGCCGGGUCAGACUGGCGCACCUCUUUCGGGGUCCUGACAGCCAUCUAUGGCAUGUCCACGGUCAUGGUGAUCCUCUUCGGCUAUGAAACAUAUCAUAAACCCGGACGAACGACCAAUCAGUCGCGCAUCGCGUCUUAUUUUGGCAUUGGCAAUACCCUGCUUCCCAAGGGAUCGACGCUGAGAUAUUGGAGCCGAACCGUCGCGGUCUAUGUAUUUAAGUUUCCGUUGUUGAUGACUGGCAUCGCUAUUUUGGUAACAUUCACCUGGCCAAUUGGAAUCACCACCACCAUCGAUACCUUCUUGCACAGCCCUCCAUACUUGUUUGACACGAUCGGGGCAUCAUCGAUGCGAUUCGCCGGUGUGAUUGGAGCUUUAUGUGGCUGGGCAUUUGGCCACUUCUUCAACGGCUGGAUCUUCAAGCGCCAUAGCUCAACCUGGCGAACUGAACUCCGCCUCCAUGGUGUCUGGUUCCCGAUAGGUAGUUUGGCGAGCGGUCUUCUCACCUAUGGAUUAACCAUGCACUUCGGUAAGCACUGGAUCGGGAUAGCCAUUGGGUGGAUCAUGGUGAAUAUCGGCAUGGUAGCCACCAUUGUUGCCAUCUCGGCCUACGCGUUGGAGAAAUACCCGGAGAAGGCGACCUGUGUCUCGGCCAUUCUGAAUAUGUGGCGCACCUGUGGCGGGUUCGCGGUGGGAUACUUCCAGCCUGCGUGGAUUCAGCGCAAUGGGCUCGGACUGGUUUUUGGUAUUCAGGCUGCUAUUGUGUGUGUGGCAGUUGCUUUGACUAUCACUCCUGUGUUUUUGUGGGAGCGGAAAAGGCGCUUGAGAGUUGGAGCUGAAGCUGAAGCUUGA